AUUCUUGUGUCGCGGGGGUUUCACAAAUAUACAAUUCAUAUGCACAAAGUCACCGAGACUCAGAAUGAGUAUGACAAACCAAACAAACCAAAAAGUAACACAAACGCUUGUUCUACGCUGGGACCGCGCACAGUGGAUUUGGCGUGAUGAUCCCAAUCACUCUUCUAUCCAUGCAGUAAAUUAACAAUGUUCAAGUAUUUACAUUGAUAAUGGUUUUUUUUACAGGUUUGUGUGGAAAAGCUGCUCUACAGCUGCAAAGACAUUGAUAAAGUGUUCGUGUUGAUCCGGGAUAAAAAAGAUGAAAGUGUUGCGAAACGAAUGGACAAGAUUAUCGAAUCACCGGUUUUCUCGAGACUCAAAGCGGACAGGCCUCAGGAUCUGAAGAAAAUAAUCCCAGUAGUUGGUGACAUUCAUAAAUCUGAACUCGGGUUAUCUAUUGAAGAUCAGAAAAGGUUGAUAGAUGAGGUUUCUGUCGUCUUCCACGUGGCAGCUUCGGUAGACUUCGACGAGGAACUGAUCAGCUCCUUGAAAACCAACCUCAUUGGAACGGCAAACACAUUAAAUUUAAUUCACCGUAUGAAGAAUAUUAAGUCCUUUGUCCACGUGUCAACAGCUUACUGCAACACACAUUUGGACGUUUUAGAAGAGAAAGUAUACCUACCACCAGCGCCACUGGAUGACAUUCUAAAGUAUUUGGAAGAACCAAAACUAAAUCGGACUCGAAUCAGUAAACUAUACAGGGACCGUCCAAACACAUACACAUUUGCAAAGGCUUUAGCAGAACAUUACGUUUUGAGAAACCAUGGAAGCAUACCCACCGUCAUUGUCAGACCUUCAAUAGUGGUCUCCUCCUUCAAGGAACCUAUCCCGGGCUGGUCAGAUACGAUUCAAGGAUCGACAGCUCUCGUCGCUACCUCUUGGAAGGGACUUAACAGAGUGGUCCUCGGAAAACAAAACAACGUUGUAGACUUUAUCCCCGUGGACUACGUUUCAAAUCUCCUUGUCGUCGCGGCUGCAAAGUGUCACAGUUCCAGAGAUGUUAUUGUACAUAAUUGCUGUACCAGUUCCACCCAACCUCUCACUUUAAAAAUGAUAGUAAAAUUCUUACACAAUAAGGAAGCUGAUAAAUCUCCUUAUAACAUUACGUACCCAAGGGUCAUAUUUACCGAGAACAAACAGUUACUUUCGAUCCUGCUGUUAUUACUGCAAACUGGCCCGGCGUAUGCCGCUGACUUGUUGCGACGAAUCAGAGGAAAGAAACCAAUGUACAUGAAGGUCCAAUCGCAACUUCGUGCAGCCCAUAACACCCUAGGAUACUUCACAAGUAACUCUUGGACAUUCAAGUCAGACUCAACUCAACGACUUCACAACUCAUUACAACCUUCAGACAAGAAUGAAUUCAACUUCAACCCCUCUGAUGUCAAAUGGGAUGAGUUUUUCGACAUAUACUUGAAUGGAAUUGAGCAGUUCUUGCUAAAAUCUAGAAAUAGGAAAUGA